AUGAUCUCUGUCCCCGGUGCAACCACCAUUGAAGCAGUGAAGGCAUACGUUAAGACCCGAGGGAUUGUCCUUUCAAGCCUGAGACGUCCCAGGUGGUCGAAGGUCUAUUAUGAUCAGCCUAUCACUCUUGUUCAAGGCGAACUAUUCUCUCACCAACCUAAAGCACCUGAAUGGGAACAGGCCAUUUUCCCCUUGAAGAUCAAGAUGACCUUCCAAGAUAAAGAAGGCGAGAAUAUGGGUUGA